CGUAUGGUUGACGUUUAAAGUUUGUGUGUUUGGGGAUUUUUAAAGAUUUUAAUUUGUCCUAAAAGCUUCUAUUUUCUAACUUAAAUAACAUUAAGUUAUUAAAACAAAGUACUACACACCCGUCUAAUCAUGGCAAAUUUUACUACCGACGGUAAAAUAUGUAUUGAAAGGGAAAUAGAUGCAGGCAAGGUUGAGCUCGAAACUAAUGACCUUAACGAGCGUUUUAAAAUACUUGAAACAUGUAAAUGGAUCACCGAAAAUAAUUUUAACAAGGUGUGUCUUCAAUUUCCUGAUGAGCUGCUUGGUGUAAGUGCAGAUAUUUAUGAGGAAAUAAGAAAUAGGACUUCUGCUGACUUGUACAUACUUGGGGACACAUCUUAUGCAAGCUGCUGCAUAGACUCAGUUGCAGCAAUGCAUGUGCAGGGAGAUGCAGUCAUACAUUACGGCCACACUUGCUUUACUAAAACUAACAUACCAGUGUUCACUGUGCUGCCUAAAGAGUCGCUAAACAUUGAAGUCACAAAAAAACUUCUACUAGAGAAUUUCGACACAACUGAAAAUAAGAAAUUAUGCUUAUUUUACGGCGCUGAAUAUGAACACUGUAAAGAUGAAGUAAUCUCAUUCUACUUCCAGCAAUACCCUGAUUGCUAUGUGUCUCAAAUAGAAAUAGAGGAUAUACCUAACAGAUAUUCAGGCAGAGUUAUAAGAAAUAAAAGAAAUGAUACUUUCUCACUGGAAGACAUCAAAGAUAGCACCUGUGUUUACAUUGGAACAAGAGGGCAAACAGUUUUCAACUUUACUGUAUCAAUUCCAGCUACUAAAUGGUACUUACUAGACCCUGAUGAAAAUAGUAUAUCUAGUUUAGAAGAAACAACUUGGUCAAAAAGAAGGAGGUUUUUAGUGGAAAAGUGUAAAGACGCCAAUGUUAUUGGCAUCCUGGUGUGCAAGCUCGCUGGGGAGCAAACUAAAGAUAUCAUAAGCAGAAUGAAACAACUGUGCAAAGUGAAUGGCAAGAAAAGCUAUAUCAUAUCUGUUGGCAAGCCUAAUGUUGCUAAACUAGCCAACUUUCCUGAGAUUGAUAUAUACGUAAUGAUAGCAUGUCCAGAAAAUGAUUUAUACAGCAACAGAGACUUCUACAGACCUAUAGUAUACCCAUUUGAACUAGAAGUAGCGCUGAAUUCUAAUAGAGAACCCUAUUACAACUACCACAUAACAGACUACGAUGAACUUCUACCAGGAAAAAGGCACUACUGUGAAGUUAGCCACAUAAAAGAGACCACAGAUGUUAGUCUGAUUACGGGAAAUAUAAGAGAAACUAAAAUCCAAAGUGAAGAACAUGUUGGUAUGGAGUUGGUUGAAAAACAAAAUUGGGCAUUAGAAAGUAUAGGUAGCAAUCUACAAAGUAGAUCUUGGACUGGUCUGGAACAAAAACUUGGGGAGACAGAAGUUACAAAGGCUGAAGAGGGACGGAAAGGGAUACCACUCCAGUAUAGUAAUGAACCUGAAUAAUUUAUAGAUUUCAUAUGUUUUUAGCUUUUUACCAUUUGAUUGUCUAAAAAAAUAUGGGGAAUAAAAUUGUGUUCAAAUAAAAGGUGUCAAAGGUUUCAAUGGUUUGGUAUUGACUACUAUUAAUUCAUUAGACUAAUUUUGUGUAAACAAAUGUAUAAAUUGUGUACAUGUAAAACAUAGUAAAAAGAUUUGUUUACAAUAUAAUUUUAGAAGGGCCAAUGUUCGAAGAUAUUGAAAGGAAUAUAAUACUUGUUGUUAAAACAUUCAAGAAACUAUAGAUAAGUAAUACACCGUGGUAUGCACUACAAAAUCAGAAUGAGCCACAAUUAUUUUAAAUAAUUUAUUAUUGAUAUUUUCAUUAUGAUGCUGUAAACUUAUAGCUAAACUAAAUGGCCAGGUGUUUUAUUUGUGCUCUUCUAUACUAAAAGGAACAAUGUGAAUGGGAUUACACUACUCUGACGUCUGUAGCCUUCUCUUAUCAAACUCUAUAUCGUCAAGGUAAAACGGACAUUUUCAAACAUUGUCAAAAGCUCGAGCUUAAGUGUAGGCAAAUUCUAACUUUAACGCAAUAAAAAUAAGAUCCAUUUUACUCUGAUAUUAAAGUAUUUUCAUACUCUGAAAAGAUAAGUGUGCAUGCAUAUUAGUACCAAAUUGUCACAUUAAUAACUAAUGUAGCAUUAGUUACAAUGAAUACAUUAGUUACAUGUGACAAUGAAGUUGUAUGUAGAAAUAAAUAACUUCAGAAUGUUGA